AUGGGAGGUUCCUCUGCUGCCCCUCAGGUCGGUGCAGCAAACAAUGCCAUCACGUUUAACGAGCAAACUCGAUAUGUGACCAAGGGCAAGAUAAUCACGAUCUUCCUGGCAUGCGCCAGUGUCGAUCUACUUGCGCUGAUGGACCAGACAACAUUGGCAGCGAGUUUAGCUAUCAUCGGAUCUGCACUCCGUGCAGGCAGUCAGACAUCGUGGAUCAGUAACGGCUACUUUAUAACGUCGACGUCCUUCCAACUCCUGUACGGCAGAUUCUCAGAUAUCUGGUCCCGCAAGUUUGUCCUCCUUACCGGUCUAUUUAUAUUCUUUAUCGGAUCGCUGGCAUCAUCAGUCUCGAAUACGGCUGCGCAGCUGAUCGCAUUCCGUGCUAUAACGGGCGUGGGAGGUGGAGGGUUGAUGACCAUAGCUCAGAUCAUUGUGAGCGACGUGGUGUCGUUGCGGGAUCGUGGGAAAUAUCAGGGGAUAUUGGGAGCAGUUGUUGCCUUGGCCAAUGGCAUUGGUCCUGUCAUUGGAGGAGCUCUGGCUUCUAUCUCUGAGGAUUCAUGGCGAUGGAUCUUUAGAUUGAACAUGCCACUCACUGCUUUCACGACCUUAUGUGUUAUAUUUGUCAUGCCGCUGCGGCCUGUCCAGGGGUCGUGGAAGAAAAAGUUAAAGGCGAUCGACUUCCUCGGAGUCAUUCUGACUCUGUCAGGUUCGACUUUGAUUGUGCUCGGUCUCACAUGGGCUGGUGGUGAUUACCAAUGGAAGUCGCUGCACGUUAUCCUAACGAUUGUCAUUGGGGGCGUCGUAUGGAUUUUGUUCUUUCUCUGGGAAUGGAAAGGUCACCCGUUACCUCUCAUACCGCUCCAUAUAUUCAAGAGUCGGAUGGUAAACGGUGCUUGCUUGACUAUGUUUGUCAAUGGUUGGAACUUUGUUGUCCAGGUAUAUUAUAUCCCAACAUUCUACCAGCUGCUCUAUGGAUACAGCGCAGUCAGAUCCGCGACACUUCUGCUUCCUAUUACGCUGGUUCAAACCUUCAGCAGCACUCUUUCGGGUCUGAUCGUCACAUGGACUGGUCGCUACCGUGAGAAUAUCCUCUUCGGAUGGGCUUGCUGGGCCGCAGGACUCGGCCUGUACUCCACCUUGGACGCCUCAUCCGGCUUGGGCAAGCAGGUCGGCUAUGGAGUCUUGACUGGAUUUGGAGUUGGGCAAACACUCCAACCAAGUUUGGUUGCUAUCCAAGCGGCUGUGCCGAGAAAGGAUAUGGCUGUAGUAACCGGAGCUCGAAACUUCAUACGAAACCUCGGCGGCACAAUUGGCCUAGCAAUCGCAGGAACAAUUAUAAACAAUUCCCUCCGCUCCGCCUUCUCCGACGUAAACUUCCAAGUCUCCGAAACAGAAGUUAACUCCAUAAUCAACGAUCCUCUCUCCUUCCUAUCCACCAAGGACGGUACCGAUCAAAACAGCAUCGCGAUCCGCAAUGCCCUUAUCCACGGCUACAAACGCGGCUUCCAAGCCAUGUUCUGGGUCAUGGCCGGAUUAGCGGGCCUUGCGUUCUUACUGGCUCUCCUGUUAAUGCCGCAAAUAACUCUUGAUAGAGCUGAUGAUAAGAAGUUGAAAGAGGAGGCGAAGCAGGAGCUCAAGAAAGAGGCGGAGGAUAAAAAGAGUAAAGCAGAGAAAGGGCAGGAGAAAACGGAAGGGGAACCGGCUCCGAUGAUGAAUAUAGAUGAAGUUACUGAAAAGUAGGAGUUUGUUUCUUAUGCUUUGGUAUAGAUGGAAGGAAAAAGAUGAGUGCUUUUUUUUUUAAUUUGGACCGGGUCAAUAGACGGCAUUCUUACUUCUGGACAUACUGAUGAACGAUGAUGCGAUGGGCCUAUCUGGGCAGGCAGAUCCUAGAAAUUAAUGGAUAGAAUAAGAGAUCCUUACGUUACACUAUGAAAAUUAGCAUGGCAAUAAAUACAAG